AUGCCCGGUAUCGCACGCAAGAUCAUCAUCUGCGCUGCGGUUGACGGCCUGAUAAUCCAGCCAUUCGUGACCAAAGGACAACGCCCCGCGCAACCGGUCAGGAUCAGAUAUGGCGACUCUGCAAUAACCCCUGCAAAUCGUGAGCAGAUCCCCGAUCUUUCCCAGCCAAAUUCCUCGUUUGAGGCCUUCGGCGUUAUAGGACUGAUCACGGUCUCGAGACUCAGCUACCUGAUCACGAUCACUCGACGACAGCAGGUUGCGCAGAUUUGUGGCUGCCCGAUUUACGUCGUCACCGAAGUUGCCCUCACCCCUUGCGCCUCCCAGAAGGACGCUAGCGAUGCGAUCGCACAGACGGCACUUCACCUCGAGGAGAGGAAGACGGAUAAGGACGCCGACGAUAGCGACAGCGACGACUUCGUCGAGCUCCCUGCCAGCGGUGACGAAGUCGAGGAUCAUGCGCCGACCAAGAAUGGAGCCGACCCUGUUAAAAGCACUGUCGCAAAGGAUGUUAUUGGCAGAAGAGGUAGCUACGGAAGGUUCGCGCAGAGAUGGUUCAGUAAGAGUGGAUGGACUCAAGAUCAGAAAAGGAAUGCAGGAUGGAGCGGCACUGCGGACCAGGUUCGUCGCUCCGUCGAUCAUGCUGCCGCUGCCAAUGCGGCCUCUAGUUCAGCCAUAAACGACUCCGACGAACCCGUGCCGACGUCGACUUUGCUUCCAAAGCUCCUCAGAAUGACCCAGAUCUUCUUUGGGUCAUCGCGUAGCUUCUACUUCUCGUACGAUGUCGACAUCACUCGGCGAUGGGCAAAUGACUCGAGGUUGCAGUCUGACGAAGUGCCUUUGCACACCCGCGUCGACCCCAUGUUCUUUUGGAACAAGAAUACUCUGAGGCCUUUCAUGAAAGCCGAAGAGUCACUUCUGCUACCCCUAAUGCAGGGCUUCGUUGGCCAGCGGCACUUUGUAGUGGACAGCAGUCCCCCGCAGACAGACAAUAGUCUUGGAGACUCUGUAGAGAUGUCAACAAUCCGACAGCCCAGCUCCGAACCAACUUCUCCGCCGACGGAAACCGUCCGGAACUCUAUCGAUCUUCGCCCUACUGAGAAGAAGUUCCUCCUGACCGUGAUCUCACGCCGGUCUACGCAAAGAGCUGGUUUGCGAUAUCUCAGACGCGGCAUCGACGAGCAGGGAUAUGUCGCGAACGCCGUCGAGACAGAGCAGAUUCUGUCCAGCACAACCUGGGACAAGUCUUCAAAGAUUUACUCGUUCCUUCAGAUUCGCGGUAGUAUUCCACUAUUCUUUACUCAGUCGCCAUACUCCCUGAAGCCUGCGCCCCUCAUUCAGCACUCACCCGAAGCAAACUAUGCCGCAGCCAAGAAGCAUUUCGAGCGUUUGACGACGGAGUACGGCGGCUUGCAGAUCGUCAACUUGGUGGAAAAGCACGGCGUGGAGUCGACGCUCGGAGGCCAGUACGAGAAGACGCUGGAAAGGCUGAACGAGGAAGUCUUCACGGGUGAGAAUGCCGCGGUUCCCUUUGAAUGGUUCGAUUUCCAUGCUGCGUGCCGUGGAAUGAAAUUCGAGAACGUCAGUCUGCUUCUCGAUGAUCUCCGCGACAAGUUGGACAAUUUCGGCAGCACCGUCGAAGAAGCCGGCAAGAUUUCUACAAAACAGCAGGGCGUUCUUCGCACCAAUUGCAUGGACUGCCUGGAUAGAACAAAUGUCUGCCAGAGCUCGUUCGGCAAGUACAUGUUGGAGAGUCAGCUCAAGGCGGAAGGAUAUGAUCUUGCUGCCCAAGUUGACCAGCAGACCCCUUGGUUCAACACGCUGUGGGCAGACAACGGAGACGCCAUUUCGAAACAGUACGCAUCAACAGCCGCUAUGAAGGGCGAUUACACGAGGACGAAGAAGAGGAACCUCGGCGGAGCUCUUAAUGAUCUUGGUCUUUCAAUGACACGCUUUUACAACGGCAUGGUCAAUGACUACUUUAGCCAAGCUGCCAUCGAUUUCCUGCUCGGCAACGUCAAUUCCAUGGUCUUCCAGGAAUUCGAAGCCGAGAUGAUGACCAAGGACCCCGCCGUUUCCAUGCUAAAGAUGCGAGAACAAGCCAUCGAGCUCUCCCAAAGACGUGUCAUCUCAGACGAGAGCGAAGAGUUCAUGGGCGGCUGGGUUCUCUUCAGCCCUCACACAUCCGACAAUCUGCGAUCUCUUCCCUUCGAAGAGGUUGUCCUUCUCCUGACCGACGCCGCUCUGUACCUCUGCCGCUUCGAUUGGAACCUCGACAAGGUCUCCUCCUUUGAGCGCAUCGACCUCGCGCACGUCGUAGGCAUCAAAUUUGGCACGUACAUCAUCUCGACCGUCUCCCCGGGCCAGACGGACGAGACGAAGAACGUCGGCUUCGUGGUGUCGUACCAACCCGGCAAGAACGACGUCACCAGGACCAACACCAGAACGUUUUCCAACUUGGGCGUCAAGCGCAGCAAGACUUCGAGCACCGAGGAGCACCAGCAUCCUCACGCAGCACAACCUGCACAGUCUGCCUUGAGCAGUCUCCUCGGCGGCGGUCGCCCCAAGGCCCCGCCGAUCCGAAAGGUCGCCUUCAAGGCGCCGUACUCCCAGUCCUCCGCGGCGGUCACCGGGGAUGGGCCGAAGAUGAGCGAGAUCCAGCAGGUCGUCAGCAUCUGCGCCGAAGUCGAGCGCUUGGCAUUCCUCAGCCAGCCGGGCAAAGAGAGGCCCGGCACCGAGAGCAUCAUCGAGAAAGGCGACAUCAUUUCCUUGGAGGAAGCGAGACAGAGCACUGGGCUUUUAGACCACCUGAGCUACUCCAUCAAAAGACUUGUAUGGGCAUAG